CAAUAACAGUUGUUACUGAGAUAAGACCGUAUUGUGAACGUGAAGUUAUUUUAAAAUUAAAAUUAUAAAAUGUACAAGUCCAAAACUUAAGACCUCCCCUUAUAUAAUAUUCAAUUUAACAAUACAUCGGAAAUGGAUCAAGAUACAGCCAUGAAAUUGUAUCUGAAAGGUGCGACAGCGUUUUUUCUUGACAUUCCGUCUGGCAUGGAAUUCGGUAUCGAUAUGAUGUCUUGGGCAACUGGUGAUAAAUUUAAAGGGGUUAAAAUGAUACCCCGUGGUAUACAUUUCAUAUAUUACAGUGCCACCGAUAAGUAUGGAAAUACAGCUCCACGUUGUGGUUUUUUUCAUGAUUUUAAAAAAGGUGAAUGUCUUGUAAAAAAGUGGGACGUGGAAAAUGAAAUGUUGGUAGAUGUACCCCAAUUAGUAUUGAUGCAAUACAAGAUGAAUGUAUUACAAUUUAAUAACUAUUUGGGUCCUUAUCCACACGAAGAGCUAUCUAAAUGGAAUGGCCUGUCAUCACUGCUCACUGAUAACUUGAUACAGAGGUUAUGCCCUGAAACAAAAUUAAUUCGAUCAGCAAUGGAGUUAUUUCCUACAUCAGUUACGGAAAACACAAAAAAAAGAAGAAAAUGGGGUCCUAUUAGAAGUGAAACAGAUGUUGGAUAUGAACAUUUGCCUAAUCUGGUGCCAAAAGAAGAAAAUAAAAUAAGAUUUACUGAACCUCCAGAAUGUCAUUAUCCCCCUGGUUCAUCACUUUCAGAAAUCACUAAAUAUUCACUUGAUACUUCAUACAUACUUGAUAAAAUGGCUGAAAAACACGAUAGUAAAAUAGAUUUAUUAGCUGAACUACAAUUUUCCUAUAUUUGUUUUCUUCUUGGCUUAAGUUAUGAGUCUUUUGAGCGCUGGAAGAAGCUAUUUCAAUUAUUUUGUAUGAGUAAAGACGCUAUAUCCCAAGAUCAAAACUUUUUUGCAAAGUUUUUUAUAGCAAUACGUCAUCAACUAGAAACCAUACCUGAAGACUUUUUAGUUGACAUUGUUGAAAACAAUAAUGUUAUUUAUAAUGGCUUAAAAGAAUUAUUUAGAACAUUAGAAACUUGUGAUUUUGUACUAGAAGAUGAUCUUAAAGAUGGUACAAUUCAAAUAAAACGCUUUUUGCAACAAAAGUUUGGAUGGGAAUUCAAUAGAUUAAAUGAAGAGGAUGAUGAUGAAGCCCCUGUUGUUGUUGACUGUACUGAAGACUCAUUUUAAGUUUAAUAUUUCAAAUUUUAUCAAUACAAUAUUACUUGUAAUUCAACUACCUAAUUUUUAUAACUUUA